GCCCACACUGUGUCCCACAGUGCCCCGCGCGCCAUAGCCUCCCUCUUCACCCAGCCCCGCCUCCGCCUCGAGUCGCCCAAGCAUCCGAACUUUCCACGUCGCUACGGUUUUGGCCCUUCCGGGCUUCCGUCCGACCCCACCGGGAUCCAGCGCCCCUUCCCAGGGAUUUCCUGUCCCCUCUUUAUAUGAGGAAACAAGCUGAGAGACGUGAAAUCGCUUGCCUACGACCGUACAGCCAGUAAAUGAAAAGCCAGAGGCCUCUGAUGUAACUAGGGCUAGAAAACUGCAAGAUUGGCUUUUGUCCUAAACCAUUUGUAGCUAUGGACUUACCAGAUGAGAGCCAGUGGGAUGAAACCACCUGUAAGUUGGCCAUUUGUCAGCAUCCACAAUGCUGGGCCACGAUCCGCCGUAUUGAGAGGGGCCACCCUCGAAUCCUGGGCUCCCCCUGUAAAACAACUCCAAAUGAUGAAGACAAACUCCCCGUGCUCACCAUUGUAAACAUAGCAGAUUCCUGCAUCCAAGCCAAGAGACAUGCUCAUCAUCAUUUAUCAGGAUUUACCUUCACCAAACCUCCCUCUUUACUGUGUCCAGGUUCAAAGCUUGACUCCAAAUUCCAAGGCAGGCCUCGGGAAGAUUUACCUGACAAAGAUUUAAUCGACCAUCCUGAUAGAUCUCCUAAAGUAAAUCACAGAUUAAAAAAGCUUUCAGUGCUGAAUUUGAAUGAGACCCACCUUCCCAGCCCUCAAGAUGUUAGAAAUAUGGUUGUAAUCUGGAUCCCAGAACAACCAGAGAGGCAUGUGAGUCCAGCUGAGAAGAAGCAUAUUCUUCCCAGCCAGGACUGGAUGAAGAGAAGAAUGAAAUCUACAGGGAAAGACAAUUUUCGCUGUGGAAAGCAGAAAACAGAAACACAGCUGGGACCUCCAGGGAUGAUUGUGCCUCCCCCCUCACCAAUACACUUUUUUGAGCAACUAAACGCAGAGUCCAUACCUUUCUGGAACCAAUUUGACGUGUUACCUCAGGAUCUACUGAAGGACCUCUUACCUGAUGAAGGGAAAACUAUGCCUUCCCUGGAGAUGAAGACACAAUUGGCCAUGAUGAAGAAGAAAGCUCCCCUGGAAAAGAGCCGACCCGACAGUGCCAUUUCUGCUAAGAUGUUCUUAUCCAUACACCAUCUCACCCUGCAGAGACCAGCAUUGAGAUAUCCUAGACAUCUGAAGAAAUUAUAUUACACCCCCAACAUAGAAGGGCCCAGCAAGCAGCCCCCGGGGAAGGUGGGCAACGCCAGGGAGAAGAGGAUUGAGCCUGUGCUCUGGUCACCAGGUCACAAGAAGCAGCAGCAGAGGAAGGUGAAAACCCCACCGAAGAGACAGGAGGCUAAAAAGAAAUCCAAGAGUGAUCCAGGGAGCCAGGACAUUUUGCAUAAAUGUUCAGGUGCCGUGGUGUGUGGCCCACGCUAUGGUCACAGAACUCUACUAAGUCGGAAAACUGACAAAAAGCAUCCACAGCGGACGAAGUCAGAAGGACCCAACUUGGAAAAGGGUUCCACAAGGAGGCCACAGAUGGAAUACUCUGAGAAUUAUCUGGAGUCCUUCCCUGAUAAGGAUGAUCCUGAGUUAUCCAAGAUAGAACCCUCUAACAAGGACAUCAGCGCUCAGGAAGAGGUUGUGCCGGAAUCCCGAGAGAGGAGCUCAGAGGACCUCUUAGACGAUACAUCUAGAAGAGGGUGGAACCCUGAGCUCAAACUCCUGAGGAUACUUCAGGCCACUGAUGAUGAGGAUGAGGAGAACCAGCUCUGUGGGUCACAGAGUGAAGAGUCGUAUGGGAUUUCACAGGACAGUCUUACUUCAGAGCAGGAUGCUUGGAAUGCCAAGGACAGUGACCUUGGACAUAAGGACAGAACGGAGAGGGGACUUCUGCUCCCGGGAGCCUUUACCAGGGCCUGACUGUAGGAAUUCUGCUUUCUUCAUUCACUUCUCCUUACCUCUAAAAUCAGUGAGGGAGAAAAAGCCUCCCCCUUCUUAAACUGAGAUUGUUUCUCUUUCAUUAGGGACAGAAUAAUUUUAGUGAUUAAACACAACUGCUUAAGGAAAA